AUGCCACCACUAUCAGGAUUCUCCGACAACAAAUUUGAAAGUCGAGAUGACUUCAUCGAGGCCAUAAUCGCACUCAUCAACCCCCUCAAUAAGUACUUUUCGCCAGAUAAAUCUCGAAUUCGUAUCCCAGUAGCGACAGGUGCACAUUUCGACGAGUCAGCUGCCCAGCUGGAAGGUUUUGCGAGGCCACUAUGGGCGAUUGCGCCGUUACUCUAUGGUUAUGACUCUAUCAGCAACAAAGAUCUAGCAACUCGUGUUGACGAAUUAGUCCAACCAUGGGUCCAAGGCUUCAUAGCAGGGACUGAUCCAAAUCAUCCCGAGUAUUGGGGUACUAUGAAAGAUAUGGACCAGCGAAUGGUCGAAUCUGAGAUGAUAGCAUUUGCACUCAUAGCUGCACCAAAACGAUUCUACAAUCCUCUAAGUGACGGUCAAAAACACAACAUCAAAUCCUGGCUGAGCUCCAUCAACGGAAAGGAGAUGCCUCCAACAAACUGGAGAUGGUUUCGCGUAUUUUGCAACUUGGCCCUAGUCAAGACUUGCGGCGUGCCUAUAUGUCAAGUCCAAGCCGAACUAGAUGCUGAUCUAAAGAUAUUAGACAGCUUCUACCUUGAAGAUGGGUGGUCAGGUGACGGACCAUGGCAAACAGCCGAUCAAGCAGCCCAAGAGAAGGAGCUUACCACCAGGACUGGACGUCGAGACGCCAUUGGAGUUGGAAGACAAGCAGAUUACUACUCUGGAAGUUUUGCCAUACAAUUCAGUCAGGUUCUUUACUCCAAGUUUGCGGCUGACCUGGACGAGAAGAGAUGUGAAGUGUAUCGACAAAGAGCCUGUGACUUUGGCUCGAAGAUAUGGAGGUACUUUGACGCUCAAGGCUCAUCCAUUCCCUUUGGUCGAUCACUAACAUAUCGGUUUGCAUGCGGAGCAUUCUUUGGUGCUUUAGCCUUUGCCAAAGUCCUUGGAAUGCCUAAACCGCUCGAUUCACCCGGAGCUAUCAAAGGAUUCCUCACAAGACAUCUGAGAUGGUGGGCACAAAACUCAGCCGACAUCUUUGCUACUGAUGGUACCUUGACUAUCGGAUGGUUAUAUCCGAACAUGUACAUGGCCGAAGACUACAACUCUCCUCAGUCGGUCUACUGGUGCCUUAAAACACUCAUAGCCGUUGGCUUGGAUGAUGACGACGAGUUCUGGACCUCAGAAGUGCAAAAAUACCCCCCCUUUGAUCCACCAACACAGAUAGUGUCAGCUCCACAGCAAAUCAUAUGCAACCAUCCGCUUGGCAACCACCAUUUUAUGCUCACACCCGGUCAGUUUGUGGCUUGGCCAAUGAAAGCCAACCAAGCAAAAUAUUGCAAGUUUGCCUAUUCCUCGGCCUUUGGUUUUUCUGUACCUACAGGACCCCUCAUCCAACAGAUUGCCCCUGACAAUCAGCUGGCAUUGAGUAGGGACGGCAGAGAAACCUGGGCAGUGAAGUGGAAAUGCGACGAAGUCCAGUUUGGAACAUUGAGGACCAAAUCAGACGGGUGUCAGGCGGAGGUGUCUGUUGCGAGUGUGAGAUGGUAUCCCUGGGGCGAUCGAGCUGUGAUGAUUGACACUAUUCUUCUUUUACCCACUAGCCAGUGGCCAGACUGGCAUAUCCGGAUGCAUCGUAUACGCUGCAACAUCAGAAUUCCUUCUCUUCAUACUGUUGAAGGUGGAUUUGCUAUAUAUGGCCGAAAGGCCGCUGAUGGCAUGAACCUUCCAUCUGUCGAAACCAUUGACGAUGCCGUGCCUGGCAAGUUUGAGGGAACUUAUUCAGAUGAUGAUUCAGCACUGAUCUGCUCGGAAGAUGGAUGCAGCGGUGUGUCAAUUGAGGCUCUCCUAGACCGAUCUAAGACGCCACUUGAGAGUUAUGUGCUGAAACCAGACUCAAAUAGUAACAUUGUUCGCCAAAGGACCCUCAUUCCCGUCAAUGGGGUAUCAAUUCCGGGUGGUAUGGAGCCUGGGCAAGAAGUUUGGAUCAAGAGCUCGGUAUUCGCCAUUUCAUCAAAGGCCAACGGAGGGAUUUCAAGUGGCACUUCUAGUCUCAGAGACAGGUGGCUGAACCGCCCUUCAAUUGAUGUAGCAAGCAUUGAACAGAUCCUCCACAACAUGUAG